GAGUGGCUGUGCGGAAGUUGUUUCAGUCGUGCAGCAGGAGGGGUCCGUCUUCGCGAUUAUUCUCGCCAUAACUUUACACUGGCAUAAAAGAAGCAAAGGGCACCGCUCCAGGGCAGACGCAUCCCAUCUGGAGUUUUAGUUGAGCGAGGCUCGGCGCCCCAUAUAGGAGGGACACAGAUACAGCAACCAGACGCCUCGCGAUGGCCAGGCCAAGUCACAGUGAACAUGUCCUACAGCAGCUUAAUAACCAGCGGGAGUGGGGCUUCCUCUGUGACUGCUCCAUUGCCGUGGGAGAUGUGGAUUUCAGGGCCCACAAGGCCGUGCUGGCGGCCUGCAGCUCCUACUUCCGCAUGAUGUUCAUCAAGGAGCAGCGGGUGACAGCGCGCCUCGACCUCAGCAACAUGCCCAUCAGCGCCGAGUGCUUCGACCUCAUCCUGCAGCUCAUGUACCUGGGCCGGACUGUCACCGACACCUGCGAGUUUGAGGAGUUGAGGGUGGCAAUGGCUUACCUGCAGAUGUACUACAUCCCGGACUCCCCAGAGGACCUCAAGGGCGUCCGGGGGACCUGCCUCGCACCCUCUUCCUCAUCGUCGUCCUCCUCCUCCAGCUCGUCCCCAUCCUUGGGCCCGGCGGAGGGGAAGAUGAUGUUCGGGGUGCGGAUGUAUGAGCAGCCUCGGCAGAGCAGUGUGGAAGGGGGUGUAGAGCGCCUCCAGCCCGCCCCUGGCUCUGUGCCCGCCCGGGCAGGCGUGGGCAGGCCCACGGAGGAGGUAGCAGCACCGGCGGCUCCGGCCCUCAUCCCGCUGGUCACCGAAAACAUUGCUGACCGGCCCUGCGACCUACGUAAGAGGCCCCCAGGGCGCAGGGCGGGCGCAAGGGAGCGGCCCCGCUUCGGCCGCACCUACACCUGCGACGACUGCGGCUUCGUCUUCAGCUGUGAGAAGCUGCUCGCCGAGCAUGGGCUCACCUGCACCAACCGGAAGGCUUUCCAGAGCCCUGAGCCUGGGGGCAGGGCCAAGCACACCCCGGGGAAAGCAGAGGGCUCCGUCUCCGACGGGUCCGAGGGCCACAGCGACGGCUGGAAGGGGGGCGGCGACUGGCAUGGCCACUCAUCCGACCUGGCAGAUGCCUUCAGCAAGGAGUCCAGCAACAGGUCGGUGGGGACAGGCACAGGGAAUGGCAUCACCAUCAAAAUGGAGCCAGAAGACAUCUUGGAAUCGGCCAUGGACGGUGUCACGAUCGUCCGGGUGGGAGAGAUCAGAGGAGGGGACCACGCGAGCUAUGAGGAUAUCAUGGGGGACCAGGGCCCGUUCGACCGUGACGAAAAAGAGGGCAUAUCAGCUGGCGAGGGCGCGGGAGGGCGGCGGAUCAAGGAGGAGGACCGGGGCUCGCCAUGCGAGCUGUGCGGAGAGCCCUUGGAGGAGGAGGACCGCUCUGCCCACUACAUCUCCAGCCACAUGGGCCACAUCUGCGCGUGCGGGAGGUGCGGGCAGGUCUUUGUCCGGGGGAGGCAGCUGCAGGAGCAUGCCGAGCGCUGCGGGGACCCCAAGGGCGCGGUGGCGGCCUCGGUGGCGGGAGCCGAUGCCCUCUCAGCGGACCUGGCGGAGGAGGCCCUCCCCUGCCUGAACUGCGGACUGCUCCUGGGGAGCGAGGAGGCGGCGGAGAGACAUGCGGCCCGCUGCCCAGGGCGGGAAGAGGAAGAGGAGGGCGGGCGGGCUGUCCGCCAGAGGCGUGGCUACAGCCUCCACAGGAAGGGCUUCUACCCGCGCAGCCACCCGCGGGAGCAGGGCUGCGCCAGGCGCCUCAUGCGGGAACGUCAGCUCCGCCCCCGCGCCAGCUCACAGCGCAGCGCCGACCGCUACUGUGCCUCCGCCCCAUCUGCGGGUGGGGCGGCCGCCUCCGGCACCACCACGUGCGCCACGUGACCUCACCUGUCGCCGAGGUGUGCUUCCAGGUGCCUCUCCCGGUAGCGCGCACCUUCACCAACACACAGACACUCAGCCACUGCAGGCACGAGGGGCCACUACAGCUCUGAACAAACCAAAGGACCCACAGCACGUGUGUGCUUGCACGUGUGUUUUAUAGGAACCAACCAAAAAUGUGAAAACAUUUCAGUCACCGAAGCAAAAAAAAUAAUCUGUACAACGUACACCUACAAACUGAAUGAACAGCAUAAGGAAUUUGACUUUCUUCAAGGACACUAGUGGGGCUGAACUUACUGAACUUAAAUAUACAUGUUAAGUGUGUCCCAUGUCUACCCAUUGUGCUUCCUGUACAUUCCUCUUGGCACAGGGUGAGUUUUUGUUACAUGGAGGACUGACAGGUGCGAUCUCAAUUUUGAUAAAGGGUACAUAGGUAAAGGAUGAAUUUACCCAUAUGGAUGCUGUUGCAGGAGUAAGGUUUCAUUUAAUUUAUUAGAUAUUUUUGUGUUUGUGAUAGACUGGCUUCAUUUCCCAGGCCCAUUGCUGGGAACCCUGUGUGAAUGAUGGUUUUUCUUGAGCGCUUAAUUCAUUGGGUUUGUUAACUGAAUCUUUAUCAAAGCCCUUCUUUGACCUGCCACAAAUUAUUUGUGAAAAAUACAUGCAAUCAGGGGUGAGUUUGAACUUUUAUUAAAAAUAAAGUUUUUUAUUCAAUAAUUUUUAAAUUAAUAACUGCCCCUCAGACUUGGUGCAGCUGUAUGUUAUGUAUAAAUAUGCAUGUGUACUUGUCAUAGGCCCUCACUUAAUCUGUUCUGACAGUUUGUUGAAAGGGGCUGAAAUGAAUUGAAAUAACUUCAAUAAACACCUCUGCUAGUGUCUCAUGGCCACAAACCCGACAUCUGUAACAAAGAACUAAAAUGCGUGUGUUCAGUUCAGAUCAGCAUUCAGUUAACAGCCUCACGCAAACCUGGUGAACGUCACGCUCGGCUGAAA